AUGGAUCGUACAGGAGAUUAUUACGACGAAGAAAAUAACACGAAGGAAGAUUUCUGCACGAUUAAAUUUUUAGAAUUUCUGUUGCGGUAUGAUUAUGUAUAUCGCCAGGAUUGCGAGGAAGAUUUUAAACUGAAUCUAUCAGAAAAGGAUAAAAGUCAGUUUCUGCAAGAGUGCGGAAAUUUCUUUCGAGGUAUUAAUGAAACGGAAGCUUCUAGGAAAAUAACAUUUAUAAAAAAACUUUACUGUAAAGAAUUAGAUAGAUUGCAAAAGACUUCAAACAGUACGGAUGGAUCGAAAUAUCCUUGGUUUUCUCUAGCAGAUAAACUAUUUCGAAAAACAUCAACUCCAGCAAUUGCGAUAGCUUCUGCUUCACAGCCUUUGGAGGAUAUGGAAAAAUUACAAGAUGAAAUUACUUCUCUGGCCCAAGAAGGAAAUUUAACAACGAUGCCUGAAAGAUCUGUAUUAUAUAAAUCUUCAUUAAGUUAUUCUCCUGAAAAUCAGCAAUAUAUGCCAAGAAAAUCUAAUAUACCGAUGUCUACAUCGUGUUUAGAUCCACCUUUAACGAUGGGUAAUGAAUCGAUGAAACAGGAUUGUACAUCUAAUAUCGCCAAAUCGCCAACUGCUGCUGUUUCGAUAUCAACGACAUCUAGUAAUCCUUCUCCUGUAUCGAUCAGGAAUUGUUUUUCGUAUUCUGCCAUAUCAUCUUCAUCCCCAGCUGAUAGAAUUUCUGCAUCGCCCACACAUUCCUACAUCACACCCAGAAUUUCUACAUUGCAUUUCUCGUCUAUGGACUGGAAAUCUAUAUCGCCUGCAGACAAAUCGCCUCCUGCAUCCGUUGACCCAUCGCCCCCUACAUCCGUUGGAGCAUCGCCAAAUAUACCCGUUGGUGUAUCGCCUCCCACAUCCAUUGGCGCAUUGCCUCCCACAUCCGGUGGCGAAUCGCCUACUGUAUCAGUUGGCCCAAUGCCUACUUCGUCUGGAACAAUGACUGCGUUUUGUCUAUCGCCACCAAAAUCAAUGCAUUAUGAAUCAACGAACUUAAAAUGUUGCAUUACUAAUACAUUAGCCACGAACUCGAUCCCCGGUUUGCCGAAUGCCAAUGUUUCAAUACCAUCGACAUCACUUGACACUGGAUAUGUUACAUACAUGAUGCCUCUUUCGCACGUGUAUUCGAAUUUUGAUUCAACCCUAAACUGGACCUCUACUCGGGCAGCAAUCAGGAAUCCUACACCAGCAGCAAACAAGAAUUCUAAUCCAGCAGCAAACAGGACAUCUACUCCAGCGACAGUCAGGACAUCUACUCCAGCGACAGUCAGGACAUCUACUCCAGCGACAGUCAGGACAUCUACUCCAGCGACAGUCAGGACAUCUACUCCAGCGACAGUCAGGACAUCUAAUCCAGCGACAGUCAGGACAUCUAAUCCAGCGACAGUCAGGACAUCUAAUCCAGCGACAGUCAGGACAUCUAAUCCAGCGACAGUCAGGACAUCUAAUCCAGCGACAGUCAAGACAUCUACUCCAGCUGCAGUCAGAACUUCUGCUCCAGCGACAGUCUGGACUUUAGCCGCGAACUCGACUCCCGGUAUGCCGAAUGCAACUGUUUCAAUACCAUCGACAUCUCUUGACUCUGGAUAUGUCACAUACAUGAUGCCUCUUUCGCAUGUUUAUUCGGGUUUUGAUUCAACUGCAAACUGGACCGCUACUUCAGCAGUAAUCAGAACUUCUACAGCAGCAAAAAGGACUUCUACUCCAGCAGUAGUCAGGACAUCUACUCCAGCAACAGUCAGGACAUCUACUCCAGCAACAGUCAGGACAUCUACUCCAGCAACAGUCAGGACAUCUACUCCAGCAACAGUCAGGACAUCUACUCCAGCAACAGUCAGGACAUCUACUCCAGCAACAGUCAGGACAUCUACUCCAGCAACAGUCAGGACAUCUACUCCAGCGACAGUCUGGACUUUAGCCGCGAACUCGACUCCCGGUAUCCCGAAUGCAACUGUUUCAAUACCAUCGACAUCACUUGACUCUGGAUAUGUCACAUACAUGAUGCCUCUUUCGCAUUUUUAUUCGGGUUUUGAUUCAACUGCAAACUGGACCUCUACUUCAGCAGUAAUCAGAACUUCUACAGCAGCAAACAGGAUUUCUACUCCAGCGGUAGUCAUGACUUCUACACGAGCGGCAGUCAGGACUUUAGCCGCGAACUCGACUCCCGGUUUGCCGAAUGCCACUGUUUCAGUACCUUCCACAUCUCUUGAUUCUGGAUAUGUCACAUACAUGAUGCCUCUUUCGCACGUGUAUUCGGGUUUUGAUUCAACUGCAAACUGGACCUCUACUUCAGCAAUAUUCAGAACUUCUACAGCAUCAAACAUGACUUCUGCUCCAGCAUCAAACAUGACUUCUGCUCCAGCGACAGUCAGGCCUUCUACUCUAGCGGCAGAAUCAAUACCAUCGAGAUCACUUGACACUGGAUAUGUUACAUACAUGAUGCCUCUUUCGCACGUGUAUUCGGAUUUUGAUUCAACCGCAAACAGGACCUCUACUCCAGCUUCAGUCAGGACUUCUACUCCAGCUUCAGUCAGGACUUCUACUCCAGCUUCAGUCAGGACUUCUACUCCAGCUUCAGUCAGGACUUCUACUCCAGCUUCAGUCAGGACUUCUACUCCAGCUUCAGUCAGGACUUCUACUCCAGCUUCAGUCAGGACUUCUACUCCAGCUUCAGUCAGGACUUCUACUCCAGCUUCAGUCAGGACUUCUACUCCAGCUUCAGUCAGGACUUCUACUCCAGCGGCAUUCAGGACAUCUACUCCAGCGGCAUUCAGGACAUCUAGUCCAGCGGCAUUCAGGACAUCUAGUCCAGCGGCAUUCAGGACAUCUAGUCCAGCGGCAUUCAGGACAUCUAGUCCAGCGGCAUUCAGGACAUCUAGUCCAGCGGCAUUCAGGACAUCUAGUCCAGCGGCAUUCAGGACAUCUAGUCCAGCGGCAUUCAGGACUUCUACUCCAGCGGCAGUCAGGACAUCUACUCCAGCGGCAGUCAGGACAUCUACUCCAGCGGCAGUCAGGACAUCUACUCCAGCGACAGUCAGGACAUCUACUCCAGCGGCAGUCAGGACUUUAGCCGCGAACUCGAUCCCCGGUUUGCCGAAUGCCGAUGUUUCUAUACUAUCGACAUCUGACUCUGGAUAUGUUACAUACACAAUGCCUCUUUCUCACGUGUACUCGGGUUUUACUUCAGCAGCAAUCAGGACUCCUAUUUCAGUAGCGAACUGGGCUUUUUCACCAUACUCAGUCCGAGCUUUUCCCUUCUAUCCUGCCAGAGCUUUUCCAUCCUUCUUUGCUAGAAUUCCACUGUCUCAUGCUGCCAGAGUUUUUUUACCCCACUCUGCUAGAACUCACAUGCCUGCCGCUGCCAGAACUCCCUCACCUCGCGCUGCCAGAGCUUCCCCGCCUCUAGUUCCCGGAACUUCUCCGCCUCUAGUUGCCAGAACUUCUAUCUCGUCUGCAUCUGGAUCGUCCAUGUCUUCCACCCCUCCAUCUUCCAUGUCUUCCACCUCUCCUUCGACCAUGUGUCCCACCCCUCCUUCGUCCAUGUCUCCCACCUCUCGAUCGUCUAUGUCUCCCACCUCUCGAUCAUCCAUGUCGUCGGUCUCUGGAUCGUCUACAUCGCACGUCUCCAGAUAG